CUUUCUGCUCAUCGAUACUCUUCAUUUAGGGUUUUCUCUCUCUCUCUCUUUCUCUAUAUAUCCCCCAAAACCCUAAUUAAUUAAUUGGACGGGCGCCAUGAAGCACUCGACUUGGAGCAGCAGAAGCAGAAGCAGAAGCAGAAGCAGCAAUAGUAGUAAUGGCAAUAAUCUUAACGUAUUUAUUCUGCCGGCGGCGGCGGCGUUGUUGUUGUUGUUGUUGUUGGCUGACGUGGCGGAAGGUCAGGGUCAGGCGCGGGCAUUCUUCGUGUUCGGCGACUCUCUGGUGGAUGUAGGCAACAACAACUACUUGGCCACCACUGCACGCGCCGACGCGCCGCCCUACGGGAUCGACUAUCCCACGCACGUCGCCACCGGCCGAUUCUCCAACGGCUUCAACAUCCCCGAUCUCAUCAGUCAGAGGAUCGGGGCGUCGGAGUCGCCGCUGCCGUAUCUGAGCCCGGAGCUGAACGGAGAGAGGCUGCUGGUGGGAGCAAAUUUUGCAUCGGCGGGAGUUGGGAUUCUUAAUGACACUGGAGCUCAGUUUGUGAACAUCAUAAGAAUAAAUCAACAACUACAAUUUUUCCAACAAUAUCAAGAUCGAGUAAGCGCUUUGAUCGGUAUCGCCGAAACACAACGCCUAAUUAGCCAAUCUUUAGUUCUGAUGACUUUGGGAGGCAACGAUUUCGUCAACAACUAUUAUUUGGUGCGAAACUCCGCAAGAUCGCGCCAAUUCACUAUCCCAAAUUAUGUCCCAUUUAUCAUCUCCGAGUUUCGAAAGGUUUUAUUGAGACUCUACGAAUUGGGAGGUCGACGGGUGAUCGUGACGGGGACAGGACCAUUGGGGUGUGUCCCGGCGGAAAGGGCCCAGCGAGGUGUAAACGGGGAGUGCUCCGUGGAGCUCCAACGCGCGGCUUCCCUCUUCAACCCGCAGCUCGAACAAAUGCUGCUGGGCCUCAACGCCCAGCUCGGAGACAAUGUCUUCAUUGCCGCCAACACGCAGCUCACACACUACGCCUUCGUCACCAACCCCCAAGCUUUCGGAUUUGAGACGGCGAAGGAUGCAUGCUGCGGGCAAGGUCCCAACAAUGGACUCGGACUCUGCACGCCGCUGUCCAACUUGUGUCCGAAUCGGGACACCUACGCCUUCUGGGAUCCGUUCCAUCCGUCCGAGAGAGCUAACAGAUUCAUUGUGGAGCAGAUCACCUUUGGCUCUGUCCAACACAUGAAUCCUAUGAAUCUUAGCACCAUUCUAGCCAUGGAUUCUCGUACAUAACAAACAUACAUACAUACAUACAUACAUUAUUGUAUUCUUGAAGCCAGCCAAGCCAAGCCACCGGAAUCCGGGCAAAGGCGACCACCAAAUCAUCGGUUAUUCGGAUUUUUUGGGCUAUAUAAUUGUUUGAUGAUUUUCUUGUAUUCUAUUCAAGUACUGUUUAAGACCAUAGUCAGUUUUAUUUUAUUUUUUUCUCAGAUUUUGAUGUUCUUUAUUGGAUUAAAGACUAUUUUGUUCAAAAUCAUGAAACAUUUUUUGUCGCAAUGAUGGUGUUUUAGAGGUUACUUAAAACUUGCAAUUGUGGCGUGAAGCGAUUUGGAUAUAUAUUUUAAAGCAAGAAAUAUAUUUACAUGGUUGUGCCA